GGUUUUCUCUUUGUUUAGCCACCGCCUCCCCUCAUGACAUCAACACUGCGGAGAGCCGUCGCGCGCUCAGACUCUGCUGCAGAACAGCACGCCAGUGCGCAAAGCGGAUCGUGCGCUAUUGAUGAGUGAUUGGUGAUCUAUCAGCAUGUCGCUGUACGCGUCUCAGAUUAAAGCGUUUAAAAGCGCGGAGCCCAAGACACUUGGCGCUAUUGAGAUCAUAAUUGGUGUGUUUACUGUAAUUCUGAGCACAAUUGUGUAUAAGCUGCACUACCAUAUCCAGCGUGAAAUCAUCAUCCUCAUCGUCAACGGUGCUCAGCUUGUCAUAACUGGUGUUGUCCUGGUGCACACUGGGAGAAAGCCAUCUAAAUGUUUGGUGCUGACAACAUUUGUUCUGCAGUUACUAACAGCAGCAUUUGAUAUUGUUGGAUUUGGGCUCAUGGCCAGACACAUCCCAUUCAGAGGAGACUCGUACUACUACAGGGACACAGAGUGGUGUUGUGACCCACUUCACUCUCUUUCGGCCUGCUGUGGAGAUGGAGAGAAAGAGGCACAAAAAGAGUUCUUAGUGAAUGGGAUCUUGGUGACACUGAUCGGUUUCCUGAUGCUAGCAUGUGCCAUUGGUUUGGUUGUUUCUCUUUUUGGGGUCUACGCCCUUUCUGUUAGUGCCAUAAAGGAGCUGACGCCUAUCCCACACUCUACAGCAAACCAACAUUAUGGUGUUGGCGUUCAGACCCAGAACGCUAUCCACGCCGGAAACUGACAAAACAAGAGGCAGAAGGGCACAGCUUUAGCACAGUUUUUCACCAACUGCAAAAGAGGACUGUUUCACCUACAAACCACUCACAGGUAACCAACCACAACAACAGGAAAAAAAAAUAACUUUUGUGAAGUUUUAAAUAUUUUUUUUUUAAAUAAAAGGGAUAAAAUCGUGUUUUUUGCUUGGCUGUCGCUCUCACAGGCUUUAGGAAUGCUGUAAUAUCGAAUGCUCAACUUAAUAGUUAUUCGUACCUCAUGACUUUUCGCUCUUACAAACUGAAGCUUCUUAGCAUGAAAUUCUAAUCAGAUGUCUACCCAGAAAUCUAGACCAGAAUCCAGUGUUAUCAAUGUAUAGAUGGGUAAGCGUGUUUAUCGCAUUUUGUACCACCUUUUGCAUGAAUCUUUGUAUGUUUGUUUUAGCCACAUGAGGACAUAUGGGUGCUACAUUUAGCAAGUUGAUAUAUGUUCAUUUGAAUUGCAAUUUGAAAAUAAAAGCACUUGAACCAUAAAAAUGUAACAACACUGUAAGCAAGCCAAAUUAUUUUAUAUAUAUAUAUGCUUACCAAAAAAAAAAAUCCUUUAAAUAAGAGCUUUGAUAAAUGUGGCCCGUGUUCAGUGAAACUCCUCUAAAGCAGAGUAAUGUGAGUUUAAACACCAGUGAAUAACUAAACAGCAUCGCUUGGCUUUUUUUGUCAUCUUGUUUAAUCCGUACUGAUUCUUCAGGAAAGCUAUGAUGACUGCCAACUCUGUAAGUGCCACCACUUGUGACCAAAAUCAUGGACACCCUAAUAAAGGUCAGAGGUUGAACCCUCAGUCAAGGGCUCGACUUUGGUGAUGUAAAAUCCUCUUGUGGAAGCAUGUGUCGUCCGUUCUGUGUCUGUAGAUCUUUGUCUUUGUGACAGCAUGUGAGAUUUGCAUUGUGCCUGUUCUCAGUGAACUGUUGACGUGUAGUAAAAUGAAAACAAGUAGUAUGUAGUAAUAUGGCUGUGUUUGUGUUUGUAUUUGACUGAAUGAUAUUUCAAAUAAACUUGAUUUAUUACACAAUCUAA